GGGUGCUGGAGGAAGGCUGGAGCUGGAGGGAUGGCUGAGGGUGGCCAGGCAGGGGUCCCAGCUGAGGAGGGGCCGAGGGGUGCCCCUGACAGCACCCAGGAUGUGGCUGAGCCCAGGGAGGAUGCAGGGAGUGAGGGCCUGGCAGCCAGCCCAAUCCCAGGCAAUGUGGAGGAUGUGUAUGAGCUGCUGGAGAAGCUGGGCAGGUGAGCAGGAAUCCAGUGGCCACUUUGGCGUGGUGAGGCUCUGCCGCGAGCGCAGCACUGGCUCCUUCUACGCGGCCAAAUUUGUGAAGACACAGCGGUGCUGGGGCAGCCGCCUGGGGCUGGAGCGAGCACAGGUGGAGCGGGAAGUCGCCAUCCUCCGCCAGCUUGACCAUCCCAACAUCAUGCAUCUCCACGACCUCUUUGCCAGCAGAGCUGAAAUGGUGCUCGUCCUGGAGCUGAUCAGUGGUGGGGAACUCUUUGACUUCAUUGCGGAGAAGGAGAUGCUGUCAGAGGAGGAGGCCAUCGAGUUCCUGAGGCAGAUCCUGCACGGGGUGGAAUAUCUGCAUGCUCGCCACAUUGCUCACUUCGACCUCAAGCCUGAGAACAUCAUGCUGCAGGAGAAGGAUGUCCCCAAGCCCUGGAUCAAGAUCAUUGACUUUGGGCUGGCCCAGCAGCUGGAGGAUGGCAUCACCUUCAAGAGCCUCUGUGGGACCCCCCAGUACAUCGCUCCUGAAGUGAUCAAUUAUGAACCACUGAGCCCCGCGACUGAUAUGUGGAGCAUCGGAGUCAUCACCUACAUUCUGCUCAGUGGCCUCUCCCCCUUCCAGGGUGAGACGGAUGCUGAGACCCUCUCCAACGUCGUGGCUGGUGCCUAUGAGUUUGAGGAGCGCUGCUUCAGCCAGACCUCCGAGAUGGCCAAGGACUUCAUCCGCCAGCUGCUGGUGAAGGAGCCACAGCACCGCAUGACGGCAGCCGAGUGCCUGGUCCACCCCUGGAUCAAGCCCCUGAGCAGGAAGCAGGCGCUGAGCCGGAGCCGUUCCUCCAUCAACAUGAGAAACUUCCGCAAGUUCAACGCCCUGAGGAAGUGGAAGCUCUCCUACAACACAGUGUCUGCCUGCAACCGGCUGUGCCGCACGCGGCUGCUCUGCAACCUUGGGAAGGAGGAUGAGGAGCUGCGCUGCUGUGAGAGCGACCAGGAGGAGGAGAGAAGCCCCCACAUCUCUCUGCUGCGCCGGCGGAGAAGCAGCUGCUCCUGAGCUCCUCCAAAAAAAAGACAGGACCCCUGUGAAGGGAGCAUUUGGGGUCCCCCAUCGCCCCAUCCAAGGGGGCAGGGGCACUGUCCAGCCCCAGAGCUCCCAGUCCCAUGGUGUUGGAGGGUCACUGAGGCAUUAGCACCCCACUCCUGCCACCAGGUUUUGCUGCCCCAGGGCUGGGACCCUCCCCUUUGCUUUGUCCUAAUGGGAAAAAUAAAUGUCACCUCCUCCUCUA